CCGCGGCCCGGUUCUCGCUCCUCCUGGGAAGCGCCGCGCCCGCCUUCCCUCAACUUUCGCUGGCUAGCCCCGUCCCGCGGCCGCCUGUCCCCUCGCCGGGCGACCCCCGGGCCCUCGCUGGGGGCUUAGCUGCGGGAGGCCGUGCGCAGCCGAUGAGCCCGGCCCAGUGAGCGAGUGAAGCCCCGGAAACCGCCGAGGCCCGCCCGGCCUCACCCGGAGCCCCCGCUCCUUCUGCCAACCCCUUCCCACCUCUAAGGCUGUUUGGCCAGGCCAGUCGUGCAAGAACGUUUUCAGUUUCUUAAAGAAGCUGAAAGAAUAAAGGAAAGUGCUUGUUGCCCCCACAGCCUUCAUGUUUAAAGCAGAACAUGUGUGUGGUGUAGAUGCAGCUCUCUUCUGCAGUCUCUGAGGCCAUAAGACCAGGCGCCGUUUGAGUGGACACAUUGCUCUGUACUCAGCCUCCAUCUUCGUCCCCAGGGCCUUCUGCGCUGGCCAUGCCUGUACCCAUGGAGGGCACCCCGCCUCCCCUGAGUGGCACCCCUGUCCCAGUCCCAACCUACUUCCGCCAUGCAGAACCUGGUUUCUCCCUCAAAAAGCCAGGGGGGCUCAGCCGGAGCCUCCCACCCCGGCCCCCUGCCAAGGGCAGCAUCCCUGUUAGCCGCCUCUUCCCUCUUCGGACCCCAGGCUGGCACCAGCACCAGCCCCGGAGGGUGUCAUUCCGGGGCAAGGCCUCAGAGAUCCUGCAGAGCCCCGGGUAUGACCCGAGCCGGCCAGAGUCCUUCUUCCAGCAGAGUUUCCAGAGGCUCAGCCGCCUGGGCCAUGGCUCCUAUGGAGAGGUCUUCAAGGUGCGCUCCAAGGAAGAUGGCCAGCUCUAUGCGGUAAAGCGCUCCAUGUCGCCAUUCCGGGGCCCCAAGGACCGGACCCGCAAGCUGGCCGAGGUGGGCAGCUAUGAGAAGGUGGGGCAGCACCCACACUGCGUGCGGCUGAAGCAGGCCUGGGAAGAGGGCGGCAUCCUGUACCUGCAGACGGAGCUGUGCGGGCCCAGCCUGCAGCAGCACUGUGAAGCUUGGGGUACCAGCCUGCCCGAGGCCCAGGUCUGGGGCUACCUGCGGGACACCCUACUUGCCCUGGCCCACCUGCAUGGCCAAGGCCUGGUCCACCUUGAUGUCAAACCUGCCAACAUCUUCCUGGGGCCUCGGGGCCGCUGCAAGUUGGGUGACUUUGGGCUGCUGGUGGAUCUGGGUACAAUCAGAGCCGGUGAGGCGCAGGAGGGAGACCCUCGCUAUGUGGCCCCUGAGCUGCUGCAGGGCUUCUACGGGACAGCAGCGGAUGUGUUCAGUCUGGGUCUCACAGUCCUGGAAGUGGCCUGCAACAUGGAGCUGCCCCAUGGUGGGGAGGGCUGGCAGCAGCUGCGCCAGGGCUACCUGCCCCCCGAAUUCACUUCUGAUCUGUCUCCUGAGCUGCGUUCUGUCCUUGUCAUGAUGCUGGAGCCCGACCCGAAGCUGCGAGCCACAGCCAAGGCCCUGCUGGCCCUGCCCAUGCUCAGGCAGCCACGGUCCUUGAGCAUCCUGUGGUGUACAGCUGCUGAAGCCUGGAGUCGAGGCUGGGCCCUGUGGCAGGCCCUGCUCGCCUUGCUGUGCUGGCUCUGGCAUGGGCUGGCUCACCCUGCCAGCUGGCUGCAGCCCCCAGGCCCGCCGGCCACCCCACCUGGCUCGCCGCCCUACAGCCUCCUCCUGGACAGCAGCCUCUCCAGCAGCUGGGAUAACGACAGCAUAGGGCCCUCGUUCUCUCCAGAGGCCGUCCUGGCCCAGGCCAAUGGGAGCACCUCCACCCCCUGGAGCAGGCACACGCCGAGGGAUGCCCUGGACCUAAGUGACAUUGACUUGGAGCCUCCUCGGGGCUCCUUCCCCUCCUUUGAGCCUCGGAACCUCCUCAGCCUAUUUGAGGACUCACUGGACCCAACCUGAGCCCUUGGCCCAGCCUCGGUGCUUUUAACCUUUUAUCCCCUUUCCCUCUGGGAACUCUCAUGGUCCCCUCUGCCUGGCCAUAUCUAAUAAAAGGUAUUUGAAUCCUGGGAGCAUCCAGGCUUGCUUGUGUGGCAA